CCUUCCUGUUUUUUUUUAUUCAUGACGAUUUCCCCAGUAGUCUGAAAGCAGAGGCAGUGCUGUAUCCUGAGCUAGAUUGCAUGGCCCUGUGCACGUGUGACCAUGGCACUAGUGAGGCAGAGGCAGACAGAGAGCGGUCCCAAUACGAGCCGAGACACUGCAGCCCCGCUGUCUGGUUGCCACAGUAACAGUAGACAGUUCUGCAGUGUUGGCAGGACAGAGCGAGUGAGGUGCAAAGUAGGAUGCAUGCGUGAAAGUGUAUGUGUGAGUUUGCGUGCGUGUGUGCAUGCGUGCUCGCGCUGACAGGAAGUGUGUGAAGGCAGAUGGACAGUGAGCUCAUCCAGCCCUGAAGGUCAGCCUGCUAGAGCCUCUAUCAGGUUUCUGCAGCACUGGGCACCGGCGUCUUUCCCUCUCUGAGCCUCUCUAGCUUCUAGCUGUCCUAGGAAACAGGAGCCUACCGCAAACACACUCGACUCCUCCUCAUCGCACUGACCGUCCGCUUCGGAGAGGAUACAGGGAGUGCUACCUACAUAGCAUACUUACACCAGUGGAUUUAUUGCUGUAGCUGUGGUUUGUCAGUAUUUUUGCUGUUAGCACAUGAUGACCUUUUUGCAUGCAGAAUAUGAUGCUGAUCAGAUCACAACAGUGGCUACAAUGUGUCUGGUAUGAAGGAAAGAUUCUGAUCUGGAAGAUAUCAUUUGGAAAUUUUAAGUAGUAAUAUUAGAGCUGAACAGUUACCAUAAGCGUUCAUUCUGAAGGAUGUUAAUGUAGAACUUUUUUGAUUUAAGUUUAGCAAACUGUUAUUAGCUUAUAUCUUAGAUUUUCAUAUGUUCAUUUGGAAGGCACUUUUAUCCAAAGCAAGGAAGAAUGCAAUCUAGAUUUUAUAAAAACAUUUAGAAAAGCUUUCCAACGUGAAGUAGCUUCACACUAUUGUGAGGUCGAGCACUAAGCUGUAGCCAAGGCCUUGUAUCUCUUUGAGUGUAUGAUGUAGGCCAGACUAGUAGUCAACUGUGCUAAUCUCUGGGAUUUGAGAAACACAAAAAACUCUAUAGGUCUGACAAGAGAGGACCAACAUGCCUUGCUCUCCAUUCCGAAUCGGGAGGCCAAAAAAGUUCUGGAAACCCCGCUCCUGUCCCCCAUCUGACACACUCUCAGGACUCACAGGACGCCCUCACUUUCUGAUAAGGAAACAGGAUGGAGGAGAGCCGCGUAUCUCUAGCACUCUAGACGCCACACUGCUCCAGGCUCCCCUGCCCUACACUGCCCCUGCAUUCCUGAAGACUACUGAUUUAUUUGAAAUGAUUGAAAGAAUGCAGAGCAACAGAAUGGAUGAACAGCGGUGUGCCCUUCCUCCACCCCUUAAAACUGAGGAGGACUACAUCCCAUACCCCAGUGUUCAUGAGGUGUUAGGCAGGAAAAGCCCUUUUCCUCUGAUCCUGCUGCCUCAGUUCGGAGGUUACUGGAUUGAAGGCACCAACCACGAGCUGAGCAAUGGAAAUGACCUGGAUCAACUGCUGUCUCCUACAUCCCACAUCAAGCUGGAAACCAACACUACAGCCAAGAUCUACAGGAAACACUUUUUGGGAAAGGAGCACUUUAAUUACUACACAAUGGACAGCGCUCUGGGCCACCUGGUCUUCUCAGUUAAAUAUGAAGUGAUUGGGGACCAGGAGCACCUCCGUCUGAUGUUAAGGAGCAAAUUGAAGACAUAUCAUGACGUGAUCCCGAUAUCAUGUCUGACUGAAUUCCCCAACGUUGUCCAGAUGGCCAAGCUUGUGUGUGAGGAGGUGAACGUGGAUCGCUUCUUCCCAGUGCUUUACCCAAAGGCAUCGAGGCUUAUUGUGACUUUUGAUGAGCAUGUCAUCAGUAACAACUUCAAGUUCGGAGUAAUAUAUCAGAAGUUUGGACAGACGGUUGAGGAGGAGCUGUUUGGAAAUAAUGAGGAAAGUCCAGCAUUUGUGGAGUUUUUAGAGUUUUUGGGUCAGAAGAUUGAGCUCCAUGAUUUCAGAGGUUUUCGGGGAGGCUUGGACGUGACACACGGACAAACAGGCACAGAAUCAGUCUACUACAACUUCCAUAACAAAGAGGUCAUGUUCCACGUAUCCACCAAGCUCCCCUACACUGAAGGUGACACUCAGCAGCUGCAGAGGAAGAGACAUAUUGGAAAUGACAUUGUGGCCAUUGUGUUUCAAGAGGAGAACACUCCAUUUGUGCCAGACAUGAUCGCAUCAAACUUCCUGCAUGCCUACAUCGUGGUACAAGUGGAGAAUGCGUGUUCUGACAAUGUCCUGUACAAGGUGUCAGUGACUGCGAGAGAUGAUGUCCCAUUCUUUGGACCGGCCCUACCUGAUCCUGCCAUAUUCAAGAAAGGACCAGAGUUUCAUGAGUUUUUAUAUACAAAGCUAAUCAACGCCGAGCAUGCCUGCUACAAAGCUGAGAAGUUUGCCAGACUAGAGGAGCGUACUCGAGGAGCUCUGCUGGAGACGCUGUACGAAGAGCUGCAUAUCAACAGUCAGGCCAUGAUGGGGCUCGGCGGGGAUGAGGAGAAGCUGGAGAAUGGAGGAGGAGGAGGAGGGGGCUUCUUCGAGUCUUUUAAGCGGGUGAUCCGCAACAGGAGCCACUCUCUGGAUGCCAUGAGUUUCAGUAUUGGGAAGCGCGCGGUCUCCUCUAGUCACAGCGGCAGUUUUACCCACAACAACAACAACGAUCAGCUGCACUCACCAGAGGCCCACAAAUACGCUGGGAUAUCAUUGCUUGUUCCAGGGAAAAGUCCCAGUAAAUACGGACGCCGCGGCAGUGCCAUAGGGAUAGGAACAAUAGAAGAGUCUCUGAUCAUUCCUGGGAAAAGUCCGACGAGGAAAAAGUCUGGCCCAUUCAACUCUCGCAGGAGCAGUGCCAUCGGCAUCGAGAACAUCCAGGAGGUGCAGGAGAAAAGGAUUGCUGCGCUCUUGUCAGAGGACAGGACAGUGCUCUGUGUCUCUCUGCCCAGCGUCAGUCUCAGGAACGGCAGACUCAUCAUGGAUUCCUCCAACAGCAGGGAGAGUUCUCCGAGCACACAGAAGACUCCUGACAGUGGACACAUAUCACAGGAACCCAAGUCUGAAAACUCGUCCAAUCAGAGCUCACCUGAGGUCCUUGUCACUAAGAACAGCUCAGCCAUGUACUUCAGAGCUGCUUCUAUCCCUGAAGCACAUGACUUGUCACGCUCCUCCUCGAAUGCGAGCAGCUUUGCCAGUGUGGUGGAGGAGAACGAGACCGAGGCCACUGAGGACUACGAUACAGGCAUGGAAAGUCUGUCAUCAGCAGGAACACCACACAAGCGAGACUCAUUCACCUACAGCACAUGGCUGGAGGACAAUGUAAACAAUGUCAGUACCACCAGAAGGGGAAGCUCUCCUGGUACAGGCAAACCUCCCGACGGUGGUAAAGGUAAUGAGCAGAACCGGACAGACAUCCGCAUCAGACUAGAUCGACCGCUUGAUCAUAAGUCUACAUCGAACUGCUAGCCUCUCUCUGAUCGCAUCAUGGAUCUCCAUCAACAGCUACCAUUUCAGCAUUCCUAUAAAACUCAUGAGCUCGGGUUUUCACCGUGACUGCUACUGCUGCUGAAGAUGACGAUGAAGAUGAUGAAAAUAGCUCCAGCCUCCACCACAGUGACAGAUGACAGGAUUGUGAUUAUGUACAUAAUAGAGUGACUAUGCCCUGCAUCAGACUACUGCUUUACUGGUGGCCCAGUGAAGGACCGAGUGAGAGAGAGAGAGGCGGGAAUGGGGGGCACAGGCUGCACGGAGAGACCUCAUUUGCACUGCAUCACUUUCCUUUUCAUGGUGAAUUUCUCAUCUGGUUUCCACUCCGCUGAAUUUGGCCUGUUCUGCUCUAUCCUGAGUACCGCUUCUAGUCCAUGUAGAAAAUCAAGUGGUAUUUUUGCCUGUUAAGCAUAGACUGCUAUCUGUUUCUCAUCUUGGUGAAUAGCUCCUAAAGCUGUGCCAUGUUGAGCUCCAAAUAUUCCAAAAAAGCCGCAUGCAGCAGGAGCUUAUUCAUCAGGUAAAGCUGACUGGAAUGUUUCUCAGACAUUGGCAUGGGCAUGCUGUUUUAUUUUAUUUUUAUUACUAUUGUUGUUAUUGUCUGAUUUUUGCCUUGGGUAAUCACUACUGAUACUAAUAUUGUGUUACACCUCCAGAAAAAUGUACAGUCAAACAUGCAUUUCUAUAUAAAACUACUCGUCUACAAUAUCAUUCCCAGUCUGUCAACAAAAUUAAAAAAAAGACUGAGUUAUAUUCAGCUAGUAUAUAUUCUUUAAAUAGAAAUUGCAUAAAAAUGCCUUACUUAACCCUCAGACAGGUGAUUCCAGCUAAGUAGCUCCAGCAUUCAUACAACAUGAUUAACUGUGUUGUUAUAAACCUCAUAUGUCCUGUCUAUAGUGAGAAAAGCUCCUUUUAUUGAGUCUUGGUUAUUUCUGUGCAAGGGGCGUUCACCUUAAUUAUAUACAACACAGACAACAUGAUAUACAACAGACUGUGAGUUCUUUCUGUAACGCGCUCACUUGAGUAUAAAAUGGUGUCUUGGUUCUUUGUUAUUGUGCUUGGACCCUAGAUCUGUGAAGAAUGCCACUUUAAGGUUUAACAUCUGCCUAAAAUAUUCAGGCUUUCCCAUUCGAAUCCAUGCCACUACAGAAAUUGUCAUAAAUGGUGAGAAUUUUUAUUUCAACUGAAGCUAAAAUAUGUGUUGUAAAAUAUAUUUUUUUCCAGACAUAAAGAUUAGUCUAUUUAGAUCAACUCUAUAUAAGCAUAGGCCUAAACCUGACACUGUCUUUGAACCUCAGUAAUGCCAAAAAUCGCUGAUCCUGUGUCCUUAUUUAAAAUGUAGAUAUCUCUGAGAAUCACUGAGAAAGGAUUACAGUGCAUGUGGUUGCCUUACUGUAAGGAACACCGGCAAUCAGGGAGGAUGUCAGGUAGCUGAAGGUAUAAAUGUUGAGUAAAUAUUCAAGUAUAUAUGUUGUUUUAUAAAAAAAAAAAAAAAAAAAAAGAUGAGUUUAACAUUGUGUUUUAUUUGUCCCAGUGGCCAAUGCAUGAGCAGAACUUUCUAUUCAUUUUUGUUGGUAACAAGCUAAAAUGAGAUUAUGAAUUAAUCCAGUAAACCCUUAAUCCCUUAAAAUAUGUGGUUAUGAGAGAGAUGAGUCUAAGUGUGGACCCAGUGAGGGGUCCUGGGAGUGUACGGGGAGUUUUACAUACAUCUCCCUGACAGACUUUCAUAUCAGGCUUGCUCAAUAAUGCAAGUCAUCACUGUGUGAAUAUGAAGGACAUUUUCAAAGUUCAUAGAAAUACUUUGAAUGAAAUGUAUAAAAGGGAAAAUAUUCUGGGUUUUUUUUUUUCUGAAACAAAUGAAUUGCCUUUAUCAGCCCUGCUUAGCGCUUUUGUGCCCCUCUGUGGUCAGUUCUGGUCUUUUUAAGCUAGAAGCAUCCAUACUGUAGUUUCAGUGCAAAAGUCAAAUUAGGUAACAAAAAAUCGAGCAGGAAAUGUGUGCUGCUCAAAACAGGGUACAGAUAAAGCAACGCUGCGACUGUUAGUGUGACUUCUUCAUGCUUUUGUGGGCUCAUUUGUGUAAAUACAGCUGUUUUGUACAUAGGCCCUCUGCCCAAAAAAAAAAUAAAUAAAAUAAAGAGAUUUGGGUGGAAUAUUUC